AUGCUGCGGCUUGUCGUGUGGUCAGCCAAGAUUAGCCCACCCCUGAGUCCCCCACCCAGACCCUGCGUGUCCGUGUACUUCAGAGAUGUCAAGAGGACAACUCAUGAGGUGGAAGGCAAUCACCCCAUAUGGAACGAGACCCUCAUCUGGCACCUCUGGAACCGCCCCCUGCAAAAGGACUCUUUCCUGCAAAUCACCCUUGGGGACAUGGGCUCAGUAAAGAAGGAAAGGUUCAUUGGCCUGGCCACAAUACUGCUCAAACCCUUGGUGAAUAAACCAAGUAAGAUCCUUUUCGUGAAGGACCUGACCCUGCUCAACCAUUCCAUGAUGCCCACAGAUUGCACUCUCACCCUACAGGUGGCCCUUAUGACCUACAAGGAUAUCGAGAAGACAGGAGAUGAAGACCACCUGGCCAUAAUGGCACAAGAGGUGGCCAGGCAGAAAUGGAUGUCUCCCAGCUCCGCCGUUCACAAGGCUCUGUCCCCAAAGCCUCAGCAUUUCCAGGUCCGAGUGAAGGUGUUUGAAGCCCGGCAGCUCAUGGGCAACGACAUCAAGCCGGUGGUGAAGGUGGUCAUCGGAGGCUACCAGCACCACACGCGGAUCAAGAUGGGAAAUAACCCUUUCUUCAAUGAGAUCUUCUUUCAGAAUUUUUAUGAGGUUCCUGCAAAAUUCUUUGACGACACCAUCUUAAUCCAGACUGAUAUUGGGUUCAUCUACAGCUCUCCAGGUCACACACUCCUGAGGAAAUGGCUUGGCCUCUGCCAGCCAAAUGAACCCAGCAGUGGUGUGAGAGGCUACCUGAAAGUCACCAUCUCUGCCCUCGGUGUGGGAGACCAGGCACCGGUAGAUCAAAAGCUGACCUAUAGGGCUGAUGACACUGACAUUCAGAUCUUCAAGUCAUCGGUGGUGCCCAUCAAUAUGGCCUACUUACAGUUCUUCAUCUACUGCGCCGAGGAUCUCCACCUCAAGAAACACCACUCAGUGAGUCCUAUGUUGGAGGUGGAACUAAUUGGGGAAAAGCUCAAGACACACGUGCGGAUGCAAACCGAGAGCCCGAUAUGGAACCAGAUCCUGACCUUCCAGAUUCAGCUGCCCUGCCUCUCCAGCUACAUCAGGUUCAGAGUCUUGGACUGCCCCGGGAACAAGUGCCAUGAUGAGAUCGGGACAGUCAGCCUGUCCCUCAACCAGAUCUCGUCCACUGGAGCAGAAAUAGAAGGCAAGCAAGCCCCCGGCCCCGCCUCCUGCACCUCUCCCACCCGGACCUGGGGACCCUUCUCACCCUCUCCCCUUGCAGGCAUGUACUCUGGCUUCCUCCCCUGCUUUGGCCCCAGCUUCCUGACUCUCCGUGGGGGUAAAAAGGCCCCUUUCAGGAUCAAGGAGGAAGACGCUACUAUCCCCAACAUCGUUAAGGAUGGUUUAGCUUAUCGAGGCCGAGUCUUCCUAGAGUUAAUCACCCACAUCAAGUCCCAUCAAGAUGCUACGAUGAAGGAUCUCUCCCGAGAUGUGAUCAGCGUAGAGAAGCACCAGAACCGCCAAAAGUAUGGGCUGUGCGUCAUCUUCCUUUCCUGUACCAUGAUGCCCAACUUUAAGGACCUGAUCCAAUUCGAGGUCAGCAUUGGUCACUAUGGAAACAAGAUGGACCUGAGUUACAAGCCUCUCGUCUCCACCACACAGUACAGCCAAGUGAUAUAUGAUGGGAACGUCUACCAUUACGUGCCCUGGUACAACACCAAGCCCGUCGUGGCCGUGACCUCCUACUGGGAGGACGUCAGCUUCCGCAUGAACUGCCUCAACCUCCUCCAGUUCACUCGGGACCGCCUGAAAGCCAAUCUGGACACCCUGAAAUCCAUGAGGAAUCCAAGGGACCCGGCUCUGCUCCCACAGUGGGAGAAACUGCUGAGGGAGCUCAUGGAGGACUGCAAGUGCCCACUGCCCUGCAUGACUGAUCAGCCCAAAGCAACGGACCUGGACAAGAAGAGGUGGCAGCUCCGCAGCCUCCUUCUGCAGGAGCUGGCCCGGAAGGCCAAGGAAGCCCAGCCCAGGGACAUGGUGGCCACCGUGGAGGGCUGGCUGUACCGCCUCAAUGCCGUGCUCCCCGAGCCCCAGAUAAACCUCCCGGACGUGAUGAUCUGGCUGAUGUCCCGGGAGCAGCGAGUGGCCUAUGCACAGGUGCCCGCCCACACCAUCCUGUUCUCCCCGACCGGCGCCCGGCACUCCGGCAGGUUCUGUGGGAAGACACAGACCCUCUUCCUGCAGUACCCAGAGGGUGAAGGAAAGAAGGACACGCUCCCGGCCCAGCUCCGGGUCUGCAUGUGGCUCGGCAACGUGGCCGACAGCAAGGAUCUGCAGCUGCUCUGCCAGGGCGAAGUCGUCGUGUCCGCGGAGACGUACGAGAACCAGGCCAAGUAUAAGGACCAGUGGGGACAGCAGUGGCUGCAGCACUGCCCCAGCUUCUCGGACGUCAUGGGGCACAAGGCCCUCCCCAAGGAAGAUUUCAAGGAGCCCCAUGGAUGGCACUGGCAGGGGCCAUGGACAGUGGAACCUCAGCGGAGGCUCCUCCUGGACACAGACAUCAACAAGAGCCAGGUGCUGGAGGAGGUGUACGAGAACCAGCGCCGGGACGCCACGGGGGCCUGGGUGCCUGCCGCCGUCCCCAACACAGACGCGAACGGAGAGCCCGUGGAGGCCCGGGAGAAUGUGAAGUGCCCCCAAGGCUGGCACGUGAAGAAGCACUGGGCUGUGGAGCUGAACCACGCGGUAGACAGCUGGGAGUACGGAGUGGGCAUCCCGCCCUCGGGGCUGCCCCAGGUCUGGAACUCGGUGGAGAAGACCUACUACUCCUGCCGCCGCCGGCGCUGGGCGCGCGUGCGCUACCGGGACCACGGGAGGCUGAGCCACGAGCAGGAGACCCUGUCCUUCCUGCAGCUGGUGAGGGGCCGCCUGGACGAGGAAGGCUGGGAGUACGGCGUCUUUGGCUCCAAGUUCCACCUGAACCCUCAGCCCCAGAGCCAGUUCCGCCGCCGCCGCUGGCACCGCAGGCUGGCCCCCAGCAAGGUCAAGGGCAUUGCACCCAUAUUCCUCCUGGAGGGAUCCUUGGUAAAGCCCCAGGUGACCUGGGCCUGGGCUGGGGGAGGCAGGAAAGGCACCUAUGAGCCUCAGGGUCUGUCCUGGGCACAGAGUCUAGAUAUGAAACAGCAAGCUAAGAGGGAAGCGGACAUGGUGUCGUCGACACGGAGACUGGACAGAAUCAGGAGCUCCUGGAGGGCUCCCCCAGAGAUCACCCAGCCACCCAACCUGCCCUUCAUCUACUGCAUCUUCAACAAGCCCCACUACUACCAGCUCUUCUGCUACAUCUACCAGGCCCGGAACCUGAUGUCCAACCGCACGCAGACAUUCCAGGCGCCCUUCAUUCGGUUGGUCUUCUUGAACCACAUCCAGUGUACCCAAACCCUGAAGAGCUCUGCAGCCCCUACGUGGGCCCAGACGCUCAUCUUCCAGCACCUCCUCCUGUACGAGAACCCCCAGGACACCAAAGAGAGCCCACCAUUUGUGGUAUUGGAACUGUGGCAGCGGGACCCCCAGGGCAAUGAGAGCUUGUGGGGACGGAGCAUGUGGUCACCGGUGGUCUGGCUGGAUGUCCAAAAACGGAUCCUGCCCGCCAUGAGGUGGCACCCCCUUGUAAAAGGGUUGGAGGAGGAAGAGGGCGAGAUCUUGGCGUCCUGUGAGCUGAUCCUCGAGACUGAGGUGCUGGGAGAGAGGCAGCUGCCAAUCUUAAGUGUUCCCUGGAAGAAUGGGAUCUACAUCCUCCCCAAGAGCAUCCAGCCCACGCUAAGGAAAAUGGCUAUUGAGAUGCUGAUCUGGGGCCUUCGGAACAUGAAGCAGGUGCGUUCGCCCCGGCUCCUGGUGGAAUGCUGGGAAGAGUCCGUGCAGACAGAGCCCAUCAGGGACUUCCAGACCAAUCCCAACUUCACCCAGUCAACCCUCUUCCUCACGCUGUACAUGCCUACGGAUGAGGCCUUCGCGCUGCCCCUGGUGCUGAAGGUGGUGGACAACCAGGACUUCGGCCAGGAGACCGUGGUGGGUCAGGCCAACGUUGACUCCCUACAGCCCUACUUCUGUGACCCCUGGGCUGAGGACUACAUGCCCCCACGGCCUCCAAUGCUGUCUGGGAAGAAGUACCAGGAGCUCCUAGGUUACCUUUACGAAAAGUUCUGGUUCAAGUCCAGCAACGCUGAGGAUGAACACAACCAGGAAGUGGACUGGUGGAGCAAGCUGCUCUGGGCCACAGGAGAUGCUCCCCUGUCCCUAAAGUACAAGUACAAAGAGUAUCACACCCUGAAGGUAUACGACUGUGAGCUGGAGGCCGUGCCAGCCUUCCAAGGCCUGCAGGACUUCUGCCAGACCUUCAAACUCUACCAAGAAUGGCCCAAGCUGGACAGCCCUGUGGUAGGGGAGUUCAAGGGCCAAUUCCGUGUCUACCCCUUUCCUGAGAAUCCAGACACCCCCAAGCCCCCUCGCCAGUUCCUGCCUUGGCCUAAGAAAGAGGACUUCCCUCAGCAGUGCUUGGUGCGGGUGUACGUGGUGCGAGCAGUCAACCUGCAGCCCCAAGACACCAAUGGCCUGUGUGACCCUUAUGUGAUCCUGAAACUGGGGGAGACAAAGCUUGGCAACCGGGACAAGUACCAGCCCAACACUCUGGACCCCAUCUUUGGCAUGAUGUUUGAAAUGAGCUGCACCAUCCCCCUGGAGAAGGACCUAGAGAUCCAGCUGUAUGACUUUGACCUAUUUUCACCCGAUGAUAAGAUUGGAACCACAGUCAUCGACCUUGAAAACCGACUCCUGUCUGGCUUUGGAGCUCGUUGUGGGCUCUCCAAAUCCUACUGCCAGUCAGGGCCCUUUAGGUGGCGGGAUCAGAUGCCCCCAAGCCUGCUCUUGGAACACCACGCCAAGCAAAAAGGACUGCCUCCGCCUCUGUUCAGCCCUGAGGAUGACUCUGUGUUUUACAAUGGGAAAAAAUUCAGACUGCAAAGCUUUGAGCUGAAGCCCCCUACUGCUCGCUUUUUGGGAUCUAAGAAAGAACGCCUUGCGCUGUACCUCCUGCAUACCCAGGGACUGGUACCUGAGCACGUGGAGACCCGCACACUGUACAGCGACAGCCAGCCGGGCAUCGACCAGGGAAAGGUGCAAAUGUGGGUGGACAUCUUCCCCAAGAAGCUUGGGCCUCCUGGCCCCCCAUUCAACAUUAGGCCCAGAAAGCCUAGAAGCAAAGCCUCAGAGAACAGUGGCUACAGGUAUGAGCUGCGCUGCAUUAUCUGGAAAACUGCCCACGUGGACCUGAAGGAAAAGAGUUUAAGGACCGAGAGGAUGAGCGACAUCUAUGUCAAAGGAUGGUUAUUCGGGAUGGAGGAGGCCAUGCAGAAGACAGAUGUCCACCACCACUCCCUGACGGGGGAAGGCAUCUUCAAUUGGCGGUUCAUCUUCACCUUGGACUACCUGGCAGCAGAGCAAGCGUGCGUCUUGAGUCAGAAGGACUACAUAUGGAGCCUGGACCCCACAGUGAUGAAGUUCCCAGCCCGGCUCAUCAUCCAGAUCUGGGACAAUAACAUCAUCUCCGCGGAUGACUUCCUAGGGGUCCUGGAGCUGGAUUUGUCUGACAUGCCCCUCCCGGCCCGGCAUGCCAAGCUAUGCUCCAUCAGGAUGAUGGAUGCUGACUCCAAGUGGCCUCACUUCCUCCAGUACAAGCACUGCUCCCUCUUUAAGAUGAAGACUGUAAGCGGCUGGUGGCCUUGCCAGGUCCUCGAUGGCGGCAAAUGGCGCUUGUCGGGUAAAGUGAAGAUGACCCUGGAGAUUUUGACAGAGAAGGAAGCCUUAAUCAAGGCAGCAGGAAGAGGCCAGUCGGAACCCAACCAAUACCCUACACUCCAUCCUCCCCUACGCACCCAUACCUUGCUCAUGUGGUUUCAGUCACCCAUUGCAAGGUUCAUCCAUGUUUUCUGGAAACGCUACCGCUUCAAAAUCAUAGCCAUCUCAAUCAUACUGCUUAUAGGGCUUCUGCUGUUCAACUUUAUCUAUUCAGCUCCGAACUAUUUGGCCAUGAGCUGGGUCAAGCCUGAACUUCGGCUGAAUGCUCCCAUUCAAAUAUACGCCAAUAUCAUCAAUUCACUAAACACGAGCAAUGCCAACUCUUCCAACCUCGCCACUCCCCAUCAGAACCUGAAAUCUACAACAGGCCAUAAGCUGAAACUCCUCCAGGGACACAUAAAUCACCUGUGAGCUAUUUUCCCAGAACUUCCAGCCCCACCAGACUGA